AUGUUCUACGAGCUCCCCCUCCCUCCCUCCCUCCCUCUUUCACCGGAGCUGCUCGAGACAAAAGAUAAGAACCGCGGCGCACAGAGGGGCAGGGGAGACUCGCGUUGUCAGCAUUUUACUUCUCUCGAUCUCCCGCCCCAAACGAGUAAAGAGAACACAGAAGGGAGCAGCUCACUACCCGCGCACGUGGGGAUGUCCUAUGGUGACCUCUGGAAGACCCGCUACGGCGCCUCCGUGGAGGGGUGGUCCGCUGUGGACAAGGUGGCGCAGUUCAGCCAGGCCGUGGGUUGCGUCAGCGGCGGCCGUGGCAGUGCCAUCUUGAUUGCGCUGAUGGACAACAGGGCGCAGCUGAUUGACACGUCGUCGCUCGAGCGGUCGGGUAGCGCCGACAACAAUGGCACCGACCCGAGUUACGGUCUAACCCCCUUGCACCGCAGCGGCGGCGGUUUUUCAGCGCAGCGCGCACAGCGGCGGAGCAGCAGGGGAUGGGGCGCCGGUCGUCCCGCAAACGGCGGCGUGUCUGACUCGCCGGAGACCCUUGGGCAGCCCGGCACCUCGCACAGCAGCACGUCACCGCAGAGCCCGCCGGCACUCGGGGUACUGCUCACCACCUCGCAUGUGUUUCGCAGUCCGCAGGACACGGCAAACGCCUCUGUGCUCUUCCUCGAUCAGCCCAUCAUAGGCAUGGCUGCUCUGCUAGGCCGAGAACCAAAGCCGGUACGCGUCGGCCUCUGCAGCGCCUUUGGGUUUGUGUCGUCUGUGGCUGCCCCGAAGAAGGAGAGCGAGGGGGACACCUACCGUGCAAACGCCGCUGCCACUGCUCGCCCCUCGCGGCUCGACGAUGAGCCCGAGUACCUUCUCUACGCAUCUGCGGCCGGCGACUCGUCGGAGGAAGACGAGGCGGCGGAAAUCGGAUUCACGCUGACGUACUGCGAGGUCUUUCCCAGAUGCAAUGACGCUGCAAACCCCACGGAACCGUCGUCCCCGCUGAACCCAUCGGAGUCAGGUGGCAGUCGCGGGUGCAGAACGGAGAGUACCACGAUAAGUCCCUCUGGCGGCUUGUCUCACUAUGGGGGAGGAACCAGGCUGGGCAAGGAGGUUGAUGAAGCGCCGGCAUCCCUCUCUGAGUCUGCGCUGACUCAACAGCGAGGGGCUAACGCCGUCAUAUCCGACGCCUCUAACGCCCCCGGCGGUCCUUGGUCGAGCCGGUUCGCUUCUGCAGCGAACCGGAAUGUCGGCGGCAGCCAAGACAGUCUCUUCCAGGUUCAGCCACUCCCCGUCCCUCUCUUGCUCUCAGCGAUCCCUGCAGUGAAGGUCAGGGACGUUCACUUGAUGAUUACCCACGUGAAUGACGGGCGACGGUCGUACCGCGUACAGCACGUCGCCGCCGUCUUCGCGGACUACUGCACCUACGAGCCAACCAGGUUUGGAGGGGUAACGUGCAGCGGCGGCCCCGUCUUCAAUGUUCAAGGCGACUUCAUUGGGGUGCAGCACGAGGGCAACGGCCAGAGCCUUUGCCUGCUGAUCAAGUCCAUCGUGCGGAACUUGUUUGACUCGGACUUACUCGACAUGUGCCGCUGUCCCGUAUCGGAGGAGACGAUCAAGCAGCGAGCACUGCACGUCCGGCCUGGCGACACUGUCUUCUCUACGAUGACGACCACGCGCCCACCGGUGUUUGCUGGGCCGAAGAGGAUGCCGUCGCUGAGGAAGAACAGUCGUCCCUCCUCUCUACCCCCACUACCGGCACUAUCGCUUGACUCGCAAAGUCUAGCGUCUCCCCGCACCGAGAGUUGCUUCGCCGUUGACACCCCUAGCACCACUGUACCUCUCCCCCUAGCCACCGUAUCCAGCUUUGGCAGCCGACACACGCUCCUCCACGGGCCUAGCAAUAACAUCGCUGAAUCUUUUCGCAAGGAUGUCCGACCUGCCAGCGAUGGUGCCACGGUAGCAAAAACCGUCUCUGCCGCGGCACUUCCCCUCACCCCGCCCUCUAAGCCCCUUUCGCGGGGCGUGCCAAGCUUUGAGGAGGUCUUUGCGGAGUUUUAUGACGGCGCGGGAAGCCUGCCACACAUACUGUAUGCCUUUCCUCGCAACCUUCCGCUCGUGCGGGUCACUAUGGAGAGACUUGCGCAACUCAAGUACGAAGACGAGCUGGAGCACAUGGGUGCCAUCGGCGGCGUUGGCGCCAUUCUCGAGGCCAUCGACGGGUAUCCGCAAGAGGAACAGAUUGUUGCGAGUGCCCUGGCGGCGUUGUGCCGCAUCUGCCUUUACGAGUGCAACUUAGCCAUGUUCUUGUAUUUGGAUGGUGUCGUGACGGUGAUGGAGAUCAUGAAGGAGUACGUGCACAAGCAGACAGUGCUGCAGUGGGGCAUUUAUACGCUGCUUCUUGCUACCGACCUGUCCUGCCCGUCCGCGGCGGCGUCGGCAGAAAUCAUGGUGCGCAACAGUGCUCCUCAGCUAUUGGUGAAUAUCCUGCGUGUGCACGGUGCUGUGCAGCGCAAGUCAGCUGCGCGACGACCGCAGCACAACCGCCUCGUCCGCUGGGCCUGCGACCUCAUCGCGAAUCUCCUCAUGACCAAUUCACGUCGCACCACGCUGUUCCUGAGAGAGGACUUCCUCACGCUGCUGCUGCAACUCAGCCGCGAUUACGCCGGCAGCGUAUUUCUCAUGGAGGGCUUCGCGCACGUCUUCUGCGCCUUUGUUCAGUGCUUCACUGAAGCGGAGGUGCCGGCGCUGCUGCCCAUAUUACGGGUGUCAUCCGCGUCCAGCUUCAAGCAGCACCCAGCCAUGCCGUCUCCUGGUAACUCUCCCGCGUCGCUAUUCCGCGGGCUAGGCGUACGUGGAAGGCCCAGCAACUCGAGCAAUGUGGCCCACGGCGGCGGCAGUGACCGUUUCCCUCACGACAACAGUGGGCCACCUGCGUCGCCAGCGUCAGCUACGUUGUUGCCCUACUCACCAAGAACCAACGCGACUGAUCCCCAUACAGUUAGCUUCUUCUUCUUGGGCGACGCCAUGCGGCAUGACACGGAUGGGUGUCUUGUGCGCGCCGUUCUCGAUGUCUGCGAGGCCGCGCUUGACCCGAAGAGCACCAUCACGGCGCACCGCGGACGGCCAGCGGUGGUUCUGGUGCGCUGCCUUGAGACACUCCGCCUACUGCUCACAUGGGGGUUAGUAAAGCUUCCGGGCGGUGGGGCAAUGUUGUUAGCCGUCGAGGAUCUCAACUUUCUCGCCCUCGCCUCUUCACGGGCGAUGCCAACGACAUGCGCCUCAGCGUCCUCGCUGCCGUCACUGUCCUCCUCCAAGGAUACGGCGCGCUUGCUGCUCAUCUGCAAGCACGUGCGACACGAGCUGACUUCAUCUAGUGAACUUGUGGCGAUGGUGGAAGCUGUGCAGCGACUGCUUCUGCAAGACAGUUGA